UUGGCCGACGAUAAGACAAAGUUGCCUACUCAGCACAAUUAUACUCAGGACACGAAUCAUAGCCUUUUUAUACAUCACAUAGAAUGGACCGAUCAUCGUAGGACUUGCGAAAUCAUUGUGCGUUGUGGUAUGGAAUAUCUACUAAAAGAGAAUUAGGCGCCUCGAAAGAUUGUGCACUGGCCACCGCGCCCGCUCGAUUGUGUCAGAAGAUUCGUGCCGAAGGUACAGACACUUGGUUUUAUUAUUGGAUGAGAACUUCAGCAGUGAGAUUGCCUUUUUAUUUCAUUACAAGUUUAUAGUACAUACGGAACACCUUAUAGACUAAAUCCGCCAUGGCGACUAUCAAUACAAUGCUCGACUUGUUGGUCCAACCUAUGUACAAUGCUAUCCGCGGAGCGCCACUGAGGACGAACAAUGUAGUGGCAAAGCUGCACUAUAAGGUGACUGCGUCCGUACUCGUGAUCGUUGGAUUCCUCGUGACCUCAGUCGAGCAUUUCGGUAACGCCAUAGACUGCGUGCAAAAUCCCGAGUUAAUACCUAGCAACGUGCUGCAUACGUAUUGUUGGCUACAUGCUACGUUCACUCUUCCGGAAGCAACAGAUACUGCAUACCCCGGUGUCUAUAAAGGCGCCAAUGUCAACAGGUCGAAGGUAAUCUACCACAAGUACUAUCAAUGGGUGUGUCUUGUACUGAUAAUGCAGUCAUUCUUUUUCUAUCUUCCGCGGUAUAUUUGGCGACUUCAUGACCGCGGUUUCUUCGAACAGCUUUGCUCGACGGACGACUCGAAUAUCUUAACGAAAUACUUCGUCACCCACAAGGGCACGCACGCUUAUAUUGCUUUCUACUUUCAUUUCACCGAGUCCCUUUUUCUGUUGAAUCUGGUUUGUCAAAUUGCCCUUACCAAUAUCUUGCUAGAUUAUCAGUUCGUGCCACUAGGUGUGAUGGUAUUAAUGCAACCGCGUACUCUACUCAAGGUCUUCCCGCGCCUAGCAAAAUGUACCUUUCACCUUUACGGAGUUAGCGGAGAUGUCCAACGGCAAGACGCACUAUGUUUACUUGGCCAGAAUGUGUUCAACGAAAAAAUUUUCCUUUUCUUGUGGUUCUGGUAUAUUAUCCUUUUAAUACUAUCAGUCUCCGUGACCAUCUGGAGACUAGGUACGCUGUUUUCACGACGGCUUCGGGUCGUUCGCCUGAUGGCGUACUUCAACAGUAAAGAGCGGUAUAUGCUAGAUAGAAUCUGUUAUACGUUAAACUUUUCCGAUUGGUACGUUCUCACUACUGUUUCAAAAAAUAUUUCACCGAUCGCCUGUCGGAAUCUAUACAUCGCAUUGUAUACAGAACUUUCAAAACCAGAAAAGCGUUAUAGGUUUGAUGGGGCUUCUAAUGGAUCAGUCGAAACGACAGCUCUGGCAUAAACAGCAAACUUCCGCUCAUCAAAUCAACCUCCCAAUUGACUACGUG